AUGGGCGCCAAGAACAGAUCCUCCUAUGCAUCCCCCUGCUCCCAGCUCCGUGCCGAGUACCAUGACUGCUUCAAUAGGUUCUCCUCUCUCUCUCUCUCUCUCCCUCUCUCUCCUUGCAGAAAGAAGGUGAGGGAGAGAGAACGAUACCCUUCUUUAAGGGGGGCUCGAUUUCGUCCCCUUUUUGUUGCUGAUGGGUCGAAGCUUGGCGGCGAUCGCAGGUGGUACUCGGAGAAGUUCUCCAAGGGGCAGUGGGACAAGGAGGAAUGCGUCGCCGAGUGGGAGAAGUACAGGGCCUGCCUAGCCGUACGUGCCCUCCGGCUGUCCCCCAUUUCUGAUCUCUACUCGCUUCGAAGAAGAUCGCGUCUCUCGCUUUGAUUUCCUCCGUUUCUGUUUCUAAUCCUGUUCUUCCAUGUCUUUCUUCCUGCUAACUGCACACAUCAUGCCGCAUCAAGAAAACAAGAGAGCAGCCAUUCCUCCGAUCAACCUCCACACAGACAGAUGAGAUCGAUUCAUGGGUCUCUUGCAUACUUUCUUUUUUCGGCUCAAGAUGAACAGCGUAUGCACAGUCGAUGAGAGAAUCUUGAACAUUCUUGAACUACGGAGCCUGUGACGAACUGGGGAGUCGUUCAAAAUAUUUGUCACGGGUGGAUCAAACAAGGAGAAAUUAUCACGGCCUGAGCAUUUUUCUUUCGUUCAACCCACCAAGUUUUUGCCCUCUAUCAAGCUGCCCGUUUAUAUUAUUAUAUCAAAAGAUUAUAGAAUGAUCAGAUUCCCCUAGGUUUGGAUGCCAUUCAAAUAAUUCUUUGGUCUUCGUCGUAUUUUCAGCCUCUGCCAUGGUUUUCUUUCUGGUGAGCCGCCCACACUAUCGCUAUCUAGAUCAAGCUCCUGAUCUAGAUAGAAACUUCUCUCUCUCUCUCUCUCUCUCUCUCUCUCUCUCUCCUGAUCAGAGCGUUUUACCCAGAUGGCGCGUUUCAUUAGGGGCAGUAUUUUUCCUGGUUGGUUGAAGAUUGGAGGUGAGAGAAUCUGACCCGGGAAGGAAUUUGUGCAGCAACACUUGGAAGACAGGCACCUGAGACGCCUGCUGGCGGAGGCAGACCCGGCGGCGUUCCCCAAGGAGGAAGAUCCGGCCCAUUCGGCCGAUGGCAGCAGCGGGCGGUGA